AUUUUCCUCCACUCUCUUGCUUCAACUAUUCCUUUCACCUCCCCCCCCCCCUUUUAUAAUUUAUUGCCUUAUUUAGCAAAAGAUAAUUAAUCUGCAUCCAUCUCAACGAUAUGUCCAGUGAAAGAGGGAAGGACAUAGUUGAAGGAUCAUCAAGGGGUGAUCAGCCCCCCACGCCUAGCCGCUAUGAGUCACAGAAGAGAAGGGAUUGGAAUACUUUCGGGCAGUACUUGAAGAACCAGAGGCCCCCAGUCCCUCUUUCUCAGUGCAACUGCAACCAUGUCCUUGACUUCCUUCGGUACCUGGAUCAGUUCGGCAAGACCAAGGUCCACCUCCAGGGCUGCAUGUUCUAUGGACAGCCUGAGCCUCCUGCCCCUUGCACUUGCCCCCUUAGGCAAGCUUGGGGCAGCCUCGAUGCUCUUAUUGGCAGGCUUCGAGCUGCUUAUGAAGAGAAUGGAGGGUCACCUGAGACCAACCCUUUCGCCAGCGGUGCUAUUCGUGUUUAUCUCAGAGAGGUCAGGGAGUGUCAAGCUAAGGCAAGGGGUAUCCCUUAUAAGAAGAAGAAAAAGAAGCCGACUCAAGGCAAGGGAACUGAUGAAUCCACCUCCACCAUCCACUUUUCUUGAUUCUUUGGACCCCUAUAUGGGAUUAGACGAGAAGAGAAUCAAAUGGGAGGGAUCAUAAUAUGAUUAAAGCUAUUGAAGAUUGAGCCGAGUUUGAUUUUAUGUUUGGUAUUUGGCAAAAGCCAUAAUCAAGGGAAGAGUUGGGUGUCUAUAAUUCUCUUGA